AUGGGCGGUGGCAAGAAAACACGCAACUCUGCAGUUGCGACAGAAGACAGAGAAGGCAAAGUGCCAUCUUUGGCACACUCACCAUCGGACUCUGAGUGUGCCAAAGAUGGCCUUGGACAGAGUGGAGGCACCGCUGACCCGACGGGAUAUGUGAGGCUUCAUCGCAGACUUCAGAAAAUUGCUGAGGAGUUGGACAAGAGACUGAGCCCAAUUAUGGAGGGAAUGGUGGACCUUACAGCCUGCACGGAGGCCACAGAGACCAAAAUGGCGGAGGCGAUGGAAGCAGUGCAGGCACACGGCAGGGAGCAACAAGACCUAGGCGAGCAGCUUUGCUCCCUCGAAAACACCAAUGAAGACCUCAACAAUAGAACAAGGAGAAACAACAUUAGAGUGAGAGGCAUACCGGAAUCUGUAUCCACCGAGCUUCUCACAGAUACCCUCACAGUAGUGUACCAAAACCUACUACCAGAGUCCUCGACCGCCGACCUACUAAUACCCCGAUGGGUAGGGGGGGUACUUCGGGACAAAGGGGACAGAUCCGUGGAAAGGCAGGUCCCUCAUUCAUCAACCUGCACACAAGACAGGGGAACACCGAUGCCACCCUAA